UCCUAUUGACUUGAUUCCCUAUUGCCAUCUCGUUGUCAAGAACUUCUCUCUCUCUGACACUUUGAAUCAGUGUCUGUUGAAGAAAGAAAGAAUUUAUUUGUUUUAGCUUAACGCAGCACAGCAGUCUGGAAAUGGGCAGGCAUUCUUGCUGCUACAAGCAGAAGCUCCGUAAAGGCCUCUGGUCUCCCGAGGAAGAUGAAAAACUCAUCAAACACAUCGCCAAAUUCGGCCACGGCUGCUGGAGCUCUGUCCCUAAACUCGCCGGGCUUCAACGGUGUGGAAAGAGCUGCAGGCUGAGGUGGAUAAAUUAUUUGAGGCCUGAUUUGAAAAGAGGCACAUUUUCUCAAGAGGAGGAGAAUUUGAUCAUUGAGCUGCAUGCAGUUCUUGGCAACAGGUGGUCACAGAUUGCGGCACAGCUGCCGGGAAGAACAGACAACGAGAUAAAGAAUCUUUGGAAUUCGUCGAUCAAGAAAAAGCUAAGGCAGAGGGGCAUUGACCCGAGCACCCACAAGCCCCUGUCUGAGGCGGACAGCGAGGACAACAAACCCAGCAAAAACAACGACAACAAGACCUCUGAGAACUCCAGCGACCUCACCUUCGCCGACGCCACCGACAAACCCCCCCACUACCCGCUUCUCGACAACGCCGCCGCCAAUUCCACUCAAGAAUUCUUCCUCAACCGCUUAGUCGCCUCCCACGAGUCCUCCACCGCCACCGCCAAGCCCUCCGACAUCUCAUCAUUCCUCUCCUUCCAGCACCUCAACUACGCCGCCACCAACAUCGCCCUUUCCAUCAACCCCAACGCCAGCAGCAUCUUCUCCUCCGAUCAAUUCGGAGCGGCGGCGGCGCCUCUCCUCUCCUCAAUUCCUAGCCGCGUCAACAACAACAACAACAACAAUAACAACAAUUCAGUCGCCCCUUUCAGCGUCAAAUUCGAAAACUGGGACGCGAGGGGAAGCGAGUGCGGCUUCUUCGAGAACAACGCGUUCGCGUGGGCGGCGGCGGAGAAGGUGGAGGCGCACGCGCAGUCUUCCGAGAGUGGGAUUAAUAAUCCGGAGGAUAUAAAGUGGUCUGAGUAUAUGCAGACUCCUUUUAACAUUCAAAAUCAGAAUCUAAAUCAGAAUCUCAGCGCACAGGAUGUGUACGAGGGGUGGCAGCCGCAGCCGCAGCAUCAGCAAGCCGCGGCCGCGGAGAUAUACAGCAAGCAUUUCCAGGCGUUUGGACAGUAUUCUUAAAAAUUAGUUGCAAAAAGGCUGCUAAUUCUUCUUCUUCUUGGACGACAGGUGUGUGCUAUAGAGUUUCUGGUUUUUCAAUCUGUAAAUAGGGACCAUAUAGAGAGAGAAUUUCGAAUUUCUCACCUCCUUUGAUACCGACAUUUUUCGAUUUUAAAAAGGUUACGUUUCUCCUGUUCCAAUUCAAUUGUCUGCCUGCCUUUUUUUUCUCAACUUUCUGUAAGAAUUUGUGAUAGCUUCAUAAGUCUUCUUGUAUCUAUUUGCUUCUUCUCCCAUUUUAUGAAUUAGUGUUACUAUUAUUUUACUAUAA